UUAAAAUUCUGCAACCUGGGGGAAGCACCCUCAUGAUAUCGUCGCUUAGCCGAUUGAAACAGAUGAGUGGAGGUCCGCUCAGGCUUGUUCUUAAAUCAUCUAGUGCGUAAUAAUUGAAGCUAAUAUAUUUUCCUUUAUUUCUCAGAAGUACAAAGUGAAUGAUGUUGGAUCAGAUGGUGUAUGUGGCCGCUGUAACGGUUUUAGCGGUAAUUGAGCAAGCCUACUUCUCCCUCCAAGUGAUCUAUGCCAGGCGGAAAUAUUCUGUGUCUCCUCCAUGCAUUGCUGGGCCCCCAGAGUUCGAGAGAGUCUACAGAGCGCAGGUGAACUGUGCAGAAUAUUUCCCACUCUUUGUCUCCAUACUUUGGGUGGCUAGCCUCUAUUUUAGCCAAGUUGUGGCACCUCUCUGUGGACUUCUCUACCUGUAUGGCAGAUACCAAUACUUCCAUGGCUAUGCCCAGUCUUCUCAUGGGAGGCUGGCUCCAAUGUACUUCAGCGCUCGGGUUCUCUGGAUUUUGAUUGGUUUCUCCACAGUGGGGGUCCUCAGUGACCUGAGCAAGAUUUAUUUCGGAGUGGCUUUUCUUCAGGGCCUGAAAGUCUUCCUCCGAUCGUAUUGGAUCCCAUUCUAGGAGGACUGGGUUGUGGUUGCUGUGUUAUAGUUGACUGAAAUCACUCUGAAAUACUGUUGUGUUUUUGUUAUCUUUUUUUAAAAUAUAUAACUGCUGUUUCUCUUUGUUUUAACUAUGAGCUGCUCUUUGGUUCUAUCAGCCAUAGGUAUAUGUUUUGUCAGCUCGAUCAGCCAAAAUGACUUUACAGAUGUGCCAGCCCCACCAGUGCAAAGAAGUGCCUUACCAGCAAAGCAAAAGGAAACUUGAUCCAUAGCAGCAGAUCACUAGAAGGUGUUGGUUUUUACUUCUAUAAAUAUACUUUGGCUUAUCUAGCUAGCCUAUGUUACAUCUAUCUUGAUAAAAAUGAAGAACAGCUCCUAUUGCAAUAAAAACCAGUAAGUAUGACUGCAGACAUUAUAAAACUGAGCAGUAAGAAAAACAAAAAAAAAAUCUGAAGGUAUUUUAAAUCAUAAUCCACAAAACUCACUCAGAAGAGCAGUCUGCCUCCUACAGUAAAGACUGCCAAUUGUGCACAACCUAUGUGGUGAUUAUGUGAUGUGCAUGAGGAUAGGAUCUGCAUUUACAUAAGUCUUGCAAAUGUUUUGCUCAGUUUACUUGUUGUUGUUUUUGUAAAUGUUUUAUAUUAUUCAUGUUCUAUUCACAGUAUAUAGAGAGAAACUAUGUGUAACCAGCAGCUGCAGUGUGGUGUCCAGGCAUGUGUCUAGACCACAGUAUGAAUAAAAUCUAUUCCUUUUGAA